GUUUCCAAGACCAAAUCAUGUCAUCCACAGUCUUUAUUGAAGAGACCAGAGAGAGGCCAGAAGUCCAGUCCUGCAAUAUGACAUCAGGCAGUUUUGCUUGUGAGACACAGCUCAGUGGUGCAAACAUCCCUCCUGGCCAACACUCCAUUGCAGAGCUUGGUGACAACGCCCAUGACUUGGAACCCAUUGUUUUCUCUUCAGACGUAUUCAGAGAUGCUGAAUUGAGAGCAGAGUGUCCUACACCAGACAGCCCUGCGCAUGAGGUGCACUAUGUCAGAGGUCAAUGUAGCACUUCUACUGCAAAAGAGUUGAUUGGAGGAGUUGGUGUCCAGCACCAGGAGGUGUCUCCCCCUGUGUUCUCAACAUACCUUGCCAGUGAGACCAAAUCAAGAUUGGAGUGCCAAUCAUCCAGAGGCACACCAAACCACUCUGCUUGUGAGAUGCACUAUGUCAGAGGUCAAUGUAGCACUUCUACUACAAAAGAGGGGAUUGGAGAAGUUGGUGUCCAGCACCAAGAGGUGUCUCCCCCUGUGUUCUCAACAGCCCUUGCCAGUGAGACCAAAUCCAGAUUGGAGUGUCAAUCAUCCAGACCCGCACCAAACGACUCCGCUUGUGAGGUGUACUAG